AUGUAUCAAUAUCGAUACAAGAUGCAUUUAAGGGAUAUUGGCAUCACGGCCCAUUUUAUCGAUCCCGGAACCCACAUUUUACGUACUGUCAUGAUUGGUUGUUUACAAUUUAACGAGAGUCACACAAUGAUAAACAUAUCGGAAUUUCUUAAAGAGAAAUUUCGUGAAUGGUGCAUUCACCAGAAAAUUUGUGCGAUUGUCAGCGACAACGCGUCUAAUAUUCUGGGUGCCGUUCGGAUCGGCGGGUGGCGUUCUAUAAGCUGUUUCGCACAUACUAUCAACCUAGUUGUGAAGGACAGCCUAGAAAUUAUCGCUGAUACCGUGAUCAAGGUGAAAAAUGUGGUGGAGUUCUUCAAUAGAAGCUUGCCUGCGCAGAGAAAACUUAAAGAGAUACAGGAGCAAAUGCAUUUGGCACCACUGAAAUUGAAACAAGACGUGUGCACUAGAUGGAACUCUACGUACGAUAUGCUCAACCGGUUCCUGAAGAUAAAAGAAGCUCUUAUUGCUUCAAUAGCAAUCAUGAGAGCUGAAUUGGCCCUGACGCCCAACGACUGGAUGAUUAUUGAAAAAUCCUUACCGAUCUUGUCCAUCUUCUACGAGGUGUCUAAUGAGGUUAGUGCUGAAAACUACGUGUCCGCAUCCAAAUAUAUAGUGUUGUGCAAACUAAUGUACGUACAAAUUCAAAAGUUUUCGAAUGAAACCGUGGAAACCAUUAAAGGUCUUGUUUCUUUUUUUAAAACAGAACUUAUGCACCGUUUCGGUGAUAUAGAAAAGAACAUGUUGCUUAGGGAAGCCACAAUACUGGACCCACGCUUCAAAAAAUCUGGUUUCAGGGAUAUAAGAAAUUUCGAAGCGGCGGCAGCCGAUUUAAAAUUAAAAAUUGGGAGGAUAGUUCUUUCAGACGAACGCCCUUUGCAACCAGCAGAGCCUGUCGAACCAACCCCAGGUUGCUCAAAAGUAAGCUCACUUUGGGAACAGUUUGACGAAGAAGUGGCACGCCAGGUACCCGAAAAUCCGGUUGCUGCGGGUAUAGUAGAAUUCGACAAGUAUAUGAAUGAGCCGCAAAUCAAUCGACACUGCGACCUAUUAUUAUGGUGGAAAGAACGGAAAGCCAUCUACCCACGCCUUCACUCACACAUGCUAAAAAGACUGAAUAUAACAGCGACAUCCGUACCAUGUGAGCGGGUCUUUUCAAAAGCAGGGCUAACACUUAACGAUAGAAGAACGCGCUUAACUACAAAAAAGUUAACGCAGUUAAUGUUUAUAAGCUGCAACUGA